GCGUAAUCAGCCGCUUCGCGGCGGCAGUCGGAGAGCCUGUCCGUCCUCCUAGCUCUAACUCCGUCCGUCUGGGCGUGCCUGGUGUUCCCACCCCGUUAAUCUGGGCGCGGGAGCCGCCCCCUCAGGCCCGCCUCGCGGGACAGACCCGCAAGAGCCUGAAUAUCGGGGGCUCGGCUGUGCUGGACUCCGUGGCUGACAGUGUCACCUUGGGCAGGUUUUGUCCAUGAACUCUGGAGAGAAGAAGCAAGAAGCAGCAGAGGCCAGGGGUCGGAGGCCUCACAGGCCCCGAGAACAGGACCGAGAUGUACAACUGUCCAAGGCUCUGUCCUAUGCCCUGCGUCAUGGGGCCCUGAAGCUGGGGCUUCCCAUGGGGCCUGGCGGCUUUGUGCCCCUGGGCGCCCUCCUGCAGCUGCCCCAGUUCCGCAGCUUCUCAGCUGAAGAUGUGCAGCGCGUGGUGGACACCAACGCAAAGCAGCGAUUCACCCUGCAGCCGGGGGACCCCGGCACUGGCCCUCUCAUCCGGGCCAAUCAGGGUCACUCCCUGCAGGUCCCUGAGUUGGAGCUGAUGCCCCUGGAGACCCCACAGGACCUGCCCCAGAAGCUUGUCCAUGGCACAUUCUGGAAGCACUGGCCCUCCAUCCUGCUCAAGGGCCUGUCCUGCCGGGGAAGGACGCACAUCCACCUGGCCACGGGACUGCCUGGGGACCCUGGUGUCAUCAGUGGUCAGUUCCCGCCCCCCAGUGACUCCCACCCACUCUCUCCCCCCAGGUCCCCCUUCAAAGCCCCUCUACACCCUGUAUCCAGCAGCAGCCCCUGCUGCCCACUGAGCCCAGGGCCCCAGCCACCCCAGGCCCCAGCUCCAGCUGUCUCUGCAGGCAUGCGGUCAAACUGCGAAGUGGCCGUGUUCAUCAAUGGGCCCCUGGCCCUGGCAGAUGGAGUCCCCUUCUUCCGCUCUGCCAAUGGGGUGAUCCUGACGCCAGGGAAUGCUGAUGGCUUCCUGCUUCCCAAGUACUUCAAGGAGGCUCUGCAGCUACGCCCGACCCGAAAGCCCCUCUCCCUGGCUGGUAAUGAAGACACGGAAUGUCAGAGAGGUCCCAAGCAUAGCUCCAGGGGAAGAAGGAUGAUCCAACAAUAAAAUAUUUAUUUUAAAAAAAGAAAUGUAAAAAGAUAACAAAAAAGAAA